AUGGAUCCCGACCUUCUCGAUCGUCAAAUGGACGAUCUUCUUUCCGGCGAUGCCAACGGAACGCAACCCGCAACCGCCGACUCCUGGUUCGAGGAGUACGAGGCGUGGCUAGCAACCAUUCCUGCGGUCGCCGAUACCACCACCGCCGCCAACAUCAUCGACGAAGACGAAGAGAUGGCAGACGCCGGAUUGGCCCCACGUUGGGGAUCAUACCGAGGCGCGCCUGAUUUUGAUUCGGACGAUGAUGACGACUCGGUCACCGACGAGGAGUCGCCUAUUUCCGACUCCUUCGUUCCAUCCGGCCUUCGGGCGUCUGGCAUGGACGAAGAAAUGGCCUCCUUGGACAGAGUUGGCAGCGAAGUGCCCAACACCGACGUAGAGUACCUUACUGCAGCUAUUGCUCAGUAUACUCUUACCGGGGUGGAGGACAUCAUCAUCAUCGACGAGCGGCAACCUUCCCAGGAAGAUGUCGACAUGGUGGAGUUCCAAAAGCUACUCUCUCCUGUCAUCGUUUUUAACAACAUGACAGAGCCGGCGGAGCCCACUGACAACGCGACGGAGCUCAACAGGUCAAUCCCCCCUGUUAUCGAGAUGACGGAACCCGAAGAACCAACCCCAACUGUCGUCUAUGCGACAGGGUUCGAGGGGUCAAUUUCCCACGUCGUCGAGAUGGCAAAGCCUGAAGAGCCAAUUUCCCCCGUCGACGACAUCGUUCCGGAUGCCGCUCCAAACUCACCCGACCAAAGCGUUUCGCCCCCGCGAACACCUUACAUGGGUGAAGAUGAUGAAGAUUGGGAUGAGCAGGAGGACUCAAUUGAUCUGGAGGAGAUGUUCGAUUUCAUGCUGGAGCGUACGCCUCCGCAGACUCCGACACGCGCCAGAUCAACGAGUGAUUCAGCGGCUGAGUUUUCCGGCGAGGAUUCCCCCUCGUUGGAACUUUCCCCUACUUCGCUCGUGCUCUCGCCUGGGUCUUCCCUCGCUGAUGAGCUUGAGGCCGCCAUGCUCGCGCGGACACCACCACGAUCGUUUUCUCGAUCGCCGUCACCAGACCAGGACGUGCCCCUCUGGGCGUUCCCCCCUGACAUGGUGGACAAUUCAGCUGGUGCCGCCACCAGUCUCUCUUUGAACGAUCUGUUCAACAAUCGUCAGACAAUCGAGGCCAACCCUCCGACCGAAACCGCCGCUGACGACGUUUCGAACGAGAAUUCAGCCUCGACGGAUUGCAUACCUGGACCGGACUCAGUCACAGAGGCGCAAGAGCCACCUUCAGGGGAUCAUACCCAGGCGGGCAGCUCCGAGUCCCCCGACGAGGACGCCACCCUGGCCUCUGAAGCAGUUGUUGAUGAAGAGCAACAACCUGAGACCGAGUCCCCAACUCCAGUCACAAUCCCGACGAUCAUAGUCACUCCUGAGCCGAACCGAAUGAAAGAGGUCGAGGUCGCGCCCAUCCGGAUGGGAGGACUCCUCCUCCCUGGCGGAAAUCUAGUUCUGCCCGCGACUCCCGCCCCCAUGAUCCCGUUGCCGCAGCAAGUCAAGACUCCCGACGCAGAAGAGAUGAAGAAGCAGAAGGAGGAGAGCUUAGCUCGGGACCUGCGCAACGUCAUGAGGAGGCGCCGACCUGCUUCACUUUUUCACCCCAAGCUACCGCAGAAGGCUUCGGCCCUCAUCCGCUCACCAGACGCCGCAGAGAGAGAAGCCCAGCUUCGAUCUCCGCAGUCCUUCCAUGCCUUGUCUCGCGCUGGAAGCGACGCUGAUGGUGGAGUGGAUGCCGAAGACGAAGGAGCGGCAAAGGUGAUUCUCGCUUCGCCCGCCGUUAUGAAGGCGAUUCGAGCGAGUGAGGCUCGGAGAGAUGUUCUGCAUGAGGGCAAUGCAGACGAAAGAUGA